CACGAACAAUCCGCCAGUGACGUCUCAGCAACCCUGAGCUUCUCCAAUCCAAGGGCUCAGCAUGACGACAGUGACGCAAAUGAUCAAGGGCGCCCGCCACUGGUAUUAAUAGGACCAAGGGGGCUUCGUAGAAUUACAUUACUUCCCAUUCUCACCCACCAAAGUCAUUGUCAGACUCAUACCACAACCCCCCAGCCACAAAAUUAUCAGUCAAAACUACGUCAACCAUCAUGGAGCAAGGACAACGCACUACUCACAAAGCCCCUAAGGCACACCAUCCGCAUCAUGUGGUGCCCAAGCAUGAGUCGGGCUACACCGACGAGGCGGCCGAGGAGUGCCACGACCUGAUUGACCAUGCCGAGGAGGACGCCCAUCUCCAUGAUCCCAACUCCAUGUACUCAACUACGGACAAGCCUGAGCAUGUGCACCGGGCUAAGGGUAAGGGCGGCCUCGAGGGCGCCGAGAGCACCGCCAAAGGUGCGGGCCAGAAGAUGCAGGAGACGGGCAAAAAUGUCUCGGAGUCGAUUGGCGAGACGAUGGGCGAGAUGAAGAAGAAGAUGGGAAUGGGAAAAUGAAGGGACUUGGACUUGGAACACAGUACAUAUGCCCGGUAGCGAGCAUCGUAAAACAGAAUGAAUAUGGCGUUUUCUUUCCAA